UCCAAGUCUAAAUAUUACAAAGAAAGAGAGUUCAAUCUAACAACGCUUGCUCAAGUUUUUCUUUAAGAUAAGAAGAAGAUGGCGUCUUACCAGAACCGUCCAGGAGGUCAGGCCACUGACGAGUAUGGAAACCCGGUCCAGCAGCUGGACGAGUAUGGAAACCCUAUUGGCGGUGGGGGAUACGGUGGUGUAGGAGCCACUGGCGGAGGAGGUUACGGGACUGGUGGAGGGGCCACCGGUGGUACCUAUGGAACUGGUGGCCAAGGAUACGGGACCGGAACCGGAACUGAAGCUUUUGGAACUGGCGGAGGAGCUAGGCAUCACGGCCAAGAGCAACUCCACAAAGAAAGUGGUGGUGGAUUGGGAGGAAUGCUUCACCGCUCCGGAUCUGGAUCCAGCUCUAGCUCGGAGGAUGAUGGACAAGGAGGGAGGAGGAAGAAGGGAAUAACUCAAAAGAUCAAGGAGAAGCUGCCAGGUCAUCAUGAUCAGUCUAGUCAAGCUCAGGGAAUGGGUGGCAUGGGAACCGGAACCACCACUGGAUAUGAUGCUGGUGGUUAUGGUGGCGAGCACCACGAGAAGAAGGGGAUGAUGGACAAGAUCAAGGAGAAGCUUCCCGGUGGUGGUGGCCGUUAAGCUUUUCUACUUGUAUACAAAGUUGAUAAUAAUAAAAUAAGGAGGGUUUGUAACGCAGUCGCAUUUGGUCGUUGUAUGUGUGCUUUUUAUAUAUGUACGUCCUGCGAUGUGUGUUGGAGUGUGAGUAUAAGUGAGCAUCUGGCUCUUUUUAUGUUCUGAGAUGUCUGUAUCAUGUAAUUUCAUAUCUAUGAAUCUACUUUCUUGUUAUAAAUGUG